AUGGCGAAUGCGGCUUUGGUCUGGGUAGGAACGUCGAAGCAAGGGGGGCAGCUGGAAAAGGAGCGUGAAGAAGCGUUUAACUAUAAGGACUUUACGUUGUCAUGGGCAAAGUCUUGGAUGAUGCAAGACACCUCUGCUUCCAGGCUUCUGUCGGAGAAGGAUAGAAUCGAGAUUUUGAAACGUGUCGUUCCAGAAUUCCCAAUUACGAGGCUCAUACGCCGUUAA